AUGGGCAAUACCUCCAGUACCGCGGUACAAAAGUGUCUAGAAUCCGCCCUCGACAACCACAAGGAGCUUCUUGCUUUCAAAGCAACCCCCUUCUACCAACUCAAACACGUCAGACCGUACAAUCUUGACAACCCCGUCACCCCCCUCGCCAUCACCUAUCCCCAAUCCGCAUCCCACAUCGCCGCGACCAUCAAAUGCGCCUCGGACAACGGGCUCAAAGUCCAAGCGCGCAGCGGCGGCCACUCGUAUGCAAACUAUGCCCUCGGAGGAGGAGGAGACGGUAAACAGAGUGAGAAGACCAUUGUGAUCGACCUCAAGAAUUUCAAGCAAUUUUCCAUGGACACCAAGGACUGGGUUGCUACCAUCGGCGCUGGAACACUCCUAGGCGACGUAACCAAAAGGCUUCACGAGAACGGGAACAGGGCCAUGGCUCACGGUACAUGUCCGCAGGUUGGAAUAGGGGGUCAUGCCACCAUCGGCGGAUUAGGCCCGAUAUCGCGUUUGUGGGGCGCCUCGCUCGACCACGUGCUAGAAGUCGAAGUUGUGCUUGCAGACUCGAGCAUCGUCCGCGCCUCUCCAACCUCGAACCCCGAUGUGUUCUUCGCCGUCAAGGGCGCAGCCAGUGGCUUUGGCAUCGUCACGGAAUUCAAAGUGCGAACGCAGCCCGAACCCGAGAAGACAGUCUUGUAUUCCUACCGUUUCCACGGCGGCAAUGCCAAAGAAAAAGCGAAUGCGUUUAAGCAGUGGCAGGCCCUUAUUACGAGACCGGAUCUUUCGCGGAAAUUCGCAAGUCAGUUCAUUCUUACCGAACAGCUUGGCGCCAUUGUCAGCGGUACGUUUUUCGGCAGUCAGGAGGAAUACAACAGUUUGAAUAUUUCAGGGCGGAUGCCGAAUAUCAAGGACAGCGAUGUUGUCGAGUUCAAAGACUGGUUGGGCGUGGUGGGACAUUGGGCAGAAGAUGUCGCGCUGAAUAUCGUGGGUGGGAUUCAGAGCCACUUUUACUCCAAGUCUGUCGCGUACACGAAGAAUGAUAUUCUUCCCGACACAGCAGUGGACUCUCUCUUUGAAUACAUUGAACAUGCCGACAAAGGCGGUGCUAUCUGGUUCAUCAUCUGGGACCUCGAAGGUGGCGCCAUCAAUGACGUCUCACCGACUGAGACGGCAUAUGGGCAUCGCGACACGCUCUUCUACCACCAGGCCUAUGCGGUCAAUCUGUUGGGCAAGAUCAACGACAAGACGCGUGCAUUUCUCACAGGCGUGAACCGCGUUGUGCAGGAUGCGCUGCCAAAUCACAAUCUUGGGGCGUAUGCUGGCUACGUGGAUCCUGCGCUAGGCAAGGAGGAUGUGAGUGCAAAGCUGUAUUGGGGUGACAAUGUCGACAAGUUGAGGAAGAUUAAGACGAGGAUUGACCCCUUGGAUGUCUUUUCUAAUUAUCAGAGCGUGAAGCCCGCGAAGCAGAUGGCGAAGGCGCGUGCGGUGGUCUAG